AUGGAGGAGAACACUGCUAGCAUCGCCCUCGUGGAUAAUACUGUCCCGUCGCAGCAGCCUAGCAACGGGGAUUCCCCGCAACGAUCUUCCACAACCGGUCGCCAGAGCCACCUCUCUCGACACCUCAGCCGCGUAUCGGUAUCAGGACAGCUCGCGAAGAGAAAAUACGCCAAAUGGCAGCCCGGACGACUUGGGGUUACAUCGGACGCGGAGACAUCUCUGAGCAGAGAAUCGUCACGGGUGCGGGGAUCAGCCUCAGCAGCGAGUUCAGGAGGUCCCGCCACCAGACAGCCCUCCCAACAAGAUAGCGGGCUGGGCCUGCAAGAAAGCGACACGGUCGACUUUGCGCCAACUCGAACACAGAGCCAUACGAAUGACACUACGAACAUCACCGGGGGAAAUAGACAAGCCCCCGCCUCCGGCGAGAAAAAGCCCGUCUCGGAAUUAGACGUGCUCUACGAAAACCAGCGUGGAUCGUUCAUCUUCGGUAUCCCGCUCUACUCGCACAGUUCAUUAUUGAACUUCGACCCAAGUGCCUGGAUGACCCAAGACAAGAGUGAAAGCCCCGUCAAUAUAACUAAUGCCCAACUCCCAGACCCAAGCUGGGAGUGGUCCUGGCGGACGUGGUAUGUCGACAUGUCCGGCGACGUGGACGAGCAGGGCUGGCAAUAUUCGUUCUCGUUCAGCUCGUCCCAAUGGCACGGCACACAUCCGUGGUUUCACUCGUGGGUGCGCCGGCGACGAUGGGUUAGAUUGCGGACGAAGAUCCCCGAGAAGCGCCCUCGUGGUCGAUCGGGAUUUGAGCAGGCGCAUAUGUUGACUGAGGAUUAUUUCACCAUCCAUUCUUCCAAGGUCCGCAGUCGAGAACAAAGUGUGACUGGGCUUUCGCGGGUGGAGUCAGGAUUUCUGAGUCGGGUCAGCACCAAGAUGGAUGAGGAGGCGCAUCUUGAGGAGAUUGGGGAUAUCCCGACUUUGAUGCAUGCCCUGAAACUUACCUCCAUUGAUCGCGAGAAGAUUGAUGUGUUGAAGAAGUUUGUGGAAGAGGGUGGUGAAGAGAUUUAUUAUUUGAAUGACAAGAUACCAGAGAUCAUGUCAACGUUCCUAUUCCAAGCUUCUCGCUGGCAAUUCGUCACCUACCUCGUCAGCGUCAUCCACCGACUCUCGAAAUCAAUCCCAGACCCGGAAAACAAGGACUCGGAAAGAAUAACGCGGAAGAAAGAUAACCUCAUUCAGGCAGUCGAAUCCGCCAAGCAACACGUCACGGGCCCGGACGUCUUCGCAGAUACCCAUGGCGACUCGGGAGGCGGGCUGUUUGACCUGACACCGAGGUCGCGACAUGAUAUUUUGCUUUCAAUCCGAGCAAAGGCUACAGAUGAACCUUUGCUUGUAACCAAAGCAAAGGAGAUUAGGGGUAUUCCAAAGGCUGCGGAGGUCGGUCGGGAAGCUCACAUUUAUUGA